GUUUUUCCAGCUUCUUGUGUACGCAGUCCCAGUACGCAAAUCCUUAACGGACUGCCAGGGACAAGCCGCAAUAUUACCAUAAUGAAAUGCUAGCCUAAACCCCCUGGAGCUCGAGAACCAUACCAGUGUCUAGUUCCGUGACCAACUGACCGCAGUUCCUCGACAAUAACCAUAACCACCAUGAACCCCAUAGACGCAACAGAGCACUACGAAACCAGCACCCACGAUCCUGCCCCCUCCCUCCUAACCAUAAUCCUCGAUACAAACCCCCACGCCUGGUCCCUCCUCGAAUCCUCCCUCCCCUUCUCCCAAGCCGUCGCCAACAUCCUUGUCUUCAUAAACGCGCAUCUAGCAUGUAACUACGCCAACGAGGUCGCCGUUGUCGCAUCGCAUAGUCACCAAGCGUCCUGGCUGUAUCCGAAAGAGACACAUCAUGGUACGGAUACGGACGGGGAUGUUUCUAUGGAUCGGGACCAGAAUAAUGUGCAUGAUGGCCCAGCAAAAAACGGCCAGGUAAACAAAUACGAACCCUUUCGUGUCGUUGAGGAACAAGUUACCCGAAAUCUGCGACAUCUCCUCGAGUCAACGCCUACCUCUACGCUCACGAGUACGACAUCGACAAUGAUGGCUGGCGCGCUAACACUCGCCCUCUCGCACAUAAACCGUCGCACAAUAGCCUGGUCCGAAGCCCAUGGGGGCACAGGGGACCCCUCGCGCGCCUCCGGCGACGCAACAACAAUGGGCUACAGUGGGAGCAAAGAGACAGGUCCUGAGGGGGAGUUGCAGUCGCGGAUACUAGUUGUGAGCGUGAGCAGCUCGACGGAUUCCGCGCACCAGUAUAUUCCAAUUAUGAAUGGGAUAUUUGCGUGUCAGAGGUUGAGAAUACCGAUUGAUGUGUGCAAGUUGAGUGGGGACGCGGUGUUUUUGCAGCAGGCGUCGGAUGCAACGAAGGGGGUUUAUAUGGCGUUGUCAGAAGCGAGGGGGUUACUGCAGUAUUUAAUGAUGGCGUUUUUGCCGGAUCAGAGGUCGAGGAAACAUCUUGUGCUGCCUACGCGUGUUGAUGUGGAUUUCCGGGCUGCUUGUUUCUGUCAUCGACGCGUGGUGGAUGUUGGUUUCGUUUGCUCGAUCUGUCUGAGCAUCUUUUGCGAACCUCCGGAAAAUGGCGACUGUUUGACCUGCGGCACGCAUCUUGAGUUGGGAGACUACGGCGCAAAACCGGCCGUCGUGGCUCGCAAGAAGAAAAAAAAGAAGGCUCGUCCAAACGGAACAGCGGCUACACCAACUCCCACGCCCACACCCGGUCCUUGACCAAAUUGCCGACACGAUUGUAUUCUAUUUUCUUCUGAAUAUCAGGUGAUAAGAACACUGGAACGGGUAUUGCGGAUAAGAAUACUAUUCAAACUUCUGUCAGGGAUUUGAGUCUGACUCAUCAAAGCAGAAACACCUAAGAAUCCUUUGGUCGUGUCCAAGUCGUACCCUGAAUGUCACCCGAGAAAUAUCCACAUCACCGUGACCGACCAAGUCUUGGAACACGCACGAACAACAACUUGCCAUGUCAACUGUUUCGGGUGCUUAACACCUCGAGAAGGAUUGUACACGAUACACGGAUUCGAGACGUAGUUCAAGACAUCACUACGAACUCGAUCCUGCCAUGGAACCA